AUAACAAACGCAUGGCCAAUCAAUGGCCGUUUUCAAAAUUCCUGUGUUUACUGUCAAGCUGUCAAGUUGUAAUGCAACCGCAAAUGUGGGGUAUUUAUUGAUCAAACUUUUGUUGUUAAUCGACUGAUAAAUGUAAGAGUACAUUGUGUGUUGUGGGCAAGCUCGAGCGAAAUGUUUAAAAAUACAUUUCAGUCUGGUUUCCUCUCCAUCCUUUACAGUAUAGGCAGCAAACCUUUGCAAAUCUGGGACAAAAAGGUACGAAAUGGGCACAUAAAAAGAAUAACAGACAACGACAUUCAGAGUCUAGUGCUAGAAAUAGUUGGUACCAAUGUCAGCACUACGUACAUUACGUGCCCCGCUGAUCCAAAAAAGACGCUUGGCAUCAAGCUACCGUUUCUGGUUAUGAUAAUUAAAAAUCUGAAGAAAUACUUCACGUUUGAAGUUCAGGUUUUGGACGAUAAGAACGUACGAAGAAGAUUCAGAGCCAGCAAUUAUCAGUCUACUACUCGGGUGAAGCCCUUUAUCUGUACAAUGCCAAUGCGUCUGGAUGAAGGUUGGAAUCAAAUCCAGUUUAACUUAGCAGACUUUACUCGAAGAGCUUAUGGAACUAAUUAUGUUGAGACUCUUAGGGUACAAAUACAUGCCAACUGCAGAAUCAGAAGAGUAUACUUUUCAGAUAGGUUGUAUUCAGAAGAUGAGCUGCCAGCUGAAUUCAAACUAUUCCUUCCUAUACAGAAUAAGACCAAAACGGCUGUUGCUACAUAAAAUUCAUUAGUUAAAAGAUAUAAAUAUGUAUGUUCUUUUAACUUAGUAAAUGUAUUCAUAAGUCUAUUUCUUAUUUCGUUUUAUAUUAUUAAAUGUACAAUACUAUA